AUGCGCAUGAUUUUGGCUUUUUUGUUUUUUGGCGCUGCCUUCGCUGCACCACAAGGUUACAACUACCAGUUAAACAUAAAUCCAGCAGCAAACAAUGACUAUAACCUGGAACCACUGAAAUCAUUGGAACAAUUCGCGCAACAGCAACUGCAGCAGCAGCAACAACAACAACAACAGUUACUACAAACACAAACAGUUGCUAUUGUUAAUGAAGCACCACAACAAGUUGGAUUAACACAAGUUCCAAAUGCUAUCAACUACCAAGUACUUGAACAACCAUUGCCACAACAAACGGAACUCGAUACCGUAUUGACGAAUCAAGGAUAUGAAACUUCCAUUCCAGCCGCAGUACCACAAUUACAAGUCCAGGAAUUGCCAUCAGCUCUACAAUAUAAACCAACAGAAGCGCAAGUGGCACAACCAAGUCCACAAGUGAUUAUAAUACCUAAGGUACAAAACAAACCACAUGCACCUGUAUCAGUUCCAGCACCAAUACCAGCUCCAGUACCAACACUUGUAUCCGCACCAGCACCAGCUUUACCCAGACCUAGCCACACAUAUCAGCAACAGCCGCAACAGCAAGGUGUACAAUAUAACAAGGAAUUCUUUUAUCUUUCCGCACCACAAGAAGAUUUUGAUGAUACACAAAAUUUCGAUCGUCAGUUUGAGCAAUUCAAAAAGAAUUUACGUGUGAUCUUCAUCAAAGCACCAGAACAAAAUGGUAUCACUAAGGCUGCACUACAACUGGCGCAACAAUCCGUUGAUGCUCAAACUGUGAUUUAUGUGCUCACUAAGAAACAUGAUGCCAACGAUUUGGCCAAUAAAUUACAACAAAUUCGUACUGGUGCACAAAAUAAGCCCGAAGUCGUUUUUGUCAAAUACCGUACGCCAGAGGAGGCUGCACAUGCCCAACGCACUAUACAAGCACAAUAUGAGCAUUUGGAUGGACCAAAUCACUUCAACUAUGAGGCGCCUUCUGCCAGUGUUUUGCCCUUCACUGGUUCAACUGAUGUCGAUCCACGUAAAAAUAAAAGUACCCAAACAAAAGCUGAGGAAGUGAGUGCAACAUCGAAUACACAAUAUCUGCCGCCAAAUAAAACUAAAUAAAUAGUAUAGUCUACUUUUAGUUAUAGUUAAAUUAUAUAUUUUCAAAGCAUACAUCACAGCAAACUCU